UGCCUUAUCAGAAGCUCUGCGCACAUCCGCAAACUCUGCAACGCGUAGGCUUGAUGCACCGGCGACUGAGCUGUGUUAAUCACCCUCUUCCUCAUAAUAAUACACCGGACAUAUAUGUCAUUAUACGGAACUAAACUGUGACUUGUAGGGGAGAUGUCCAAACCUGGUCGCGUUUGGAUGGAGCUUGUUGUCGAGUUUUUGAUCAACCUCGAGUUGGGAAAUUAAACAGACAGGCUGGUUUGAUUUGUCAACACGGUCACACGCAAAGGGAAUUAAGUCGGAUGGUCAGAGAGUCCAGGCCGAGGAAGUUUUGAAGAUGGACCCCGAGAGUCCCGUUUCCAGGAUGGAGAGGACUUUGUGGACAUUUUGGUACUACGUAACCGAAGCUGUGAACAGAUUCCUCAGGCCAGAGCCCACUGACAUCAUUAGCAAUGACCCAAACUCCACUCAGGAACCUGCAGUUGAGAGUGAGCCUGCUAAUCACGCAGAGGGUGAGGCUAGCGGAAGGAGAGUUGAUGAGGACCAGUCUCUUGCGACAGCCUCUUUGUUUAACCCAUCUCGGGCAGCUGUUGCCUGGGAACUUUGCACCGCAGACAUCGACUUAGGGCCUGAUGAGGAAAGCAUACAGUGCGAAGUCCAGCUGAGCAGAGGCAGUGAGAGCAAAGUAUCUGAGGAAGGUGAGGACACAAUUGAGGAACAUUUCACGCAAAAGGAAAGUAGUGAUGCAGGGCUGCCCAUCGCUAAAGAUGCAAAAGAAGAUGAACAAGAAGAAAAUGGUGAUCGGAGAUUGUACACUCAUGGACAAGAUGAGAUGCUGGAGAAUGAUGAGUAUGAAGAAUAUGUGAGCACCAGGCCGCUAAGACUUACAGGUGAGGCAAUGAGUGAGGAGAUGGAGAAAAUGGAUGGAGCUGGUGAUGAGGAGACGGAGAGCGCAAUGACCCCGGAUGAUCAUCAAAAAAGGGAUGAAAACAUAGGAAAUAUCCAAGUAAAGGAAGAAGAUGAUAAAAUGCACCAUAUAGAUGAACGAGAUUUGGUGGCAGAAGACAUUGAGGUAAAACUCUAUACAAUCUCUGAUUUGAGUUUAGAAGAGGAUGACAUGCACAUAGAAGAGGCAAAGUUGCAGAGGGAUGAGGCAGAUACAGAGGUGAUGCAUGAGGAAGUGCAAAGCAGUGAUGGUGUGUUACUGCUGGCCUCUGAAAAUGAAAACAAGUCUGAUGGGGGAGCAAGGCAAGUUGAAAAUCAGUUCUCAGUCUGUGAAGAGUUGUCUGAUGAUGACCAAGAUCUCAAGGGAGACCCAGGCUUUACUUCACUGCAAGCUCAAUUACAAAUGCUCCACAACAAAGUUGGCGUUGUGCCUGAGGAUGAGCUCACUGUUGUUGAACGAGAGCAUGUGAUGGCUCACAGAAGUGAAAGUGAUAAAGCCGAGGAUGCGAAAGAGGAGGAGGACGAGAGCACAUUGGAUGAGAGGGAGCAGGGCGCUGCCAUUGGGGAAGAAAAUGGGAAUGAGGCUGAAAAAAAACAGUCAGCAGAUGAAGUGCUGGAGCAGGAAGACACUGAAACAGUUACAGAAGGCCGUGAAGAAGAAGACAUUUUAACAUGCAGGGGGAAAAUCGGGCAGAAUGCUGAAACAGAGCUGCACACAGAUGAAUUCACACAUGUAGAAGAAGAAGAAGAUGUGGCUAAGGACACUGAAGUCCAAACCAAAACAAGAGAGACAGAUGAUGUUGAAACAGAAAACUCAGAUGUGACAACAACAGAGAUUUCAGGAGAUGGGAGAUUUUUUGAUGAAUGUCAAGUAGAAGAGGAGAGGCUCUCCAGUGACAUAGGAAAGAAAGAAAGUUACAUGGAAAUAGCAUGUACUACCACCACAGUUGAGCCUGAAGGUGAGACUGGACAGGAAAUAAUCGGAGAGUUUCAAAAUAUUCCCCAUGGGAAAUGUGAAGGCCGGCUUGUUGUGUCGCAGGAGCUAAAUUAUCCAGCAUACGAGGAAACACAAGAGGGAGUUCCUGAAUGCAACAAUGAGACUGGGCCAGAUGAAAAUACAACACAAUGGUUCCUGGAAGUAGGAGUUUACAAGGAAACCCAGACCACCCAAUUACCAGAAGAGGUGGAGAGGAAAGAGCCGGAGACCCUUCAAAACAGUGGAGCUGACCAUUCACUGGUGAUGGAGCAUAUGGAAGAGGAACAAGACAGCACAGAAGAUAUUAAGAAUAGCUUUGAUUUGGUUGUGGAGGAGCAUGCAGGAAUACCGUGCCUUACUGAUGCUGAAUUGCCACAAGAAACGGAGAAACCACUUGUUGAACCUGUCAUUCAAGAGUCAGGACUUUUCUUCGAGGAAGAGGAAAAAAAGUUGUCGGUUGACUCAGUAAAGACGGGGGUGGAACACUCAGAGAAGAAAUUUGAGACGGAAGUCGGCUUAAGAGAUGAGGCUGACAAGACAACAAAAGAGCUGCAAGCCUCUGAAAAUGAGAACGAGUCUGAAGAAGGAGCAACGCAAGUUGAAAAUCAGCUCUCUGUCUGUGAAGAGUUGUCUGAUGACAACCAAGAUCUCAAGGGAGACCCAGGCUUUACUUCACUGCAAGCUCAAUUACAAAUGCUCCACAACAAAGUUGGCGUUGUGCCUGAGGAUGAGCUCACUGUUGUUGGACAAGAGCAUGUGAUGGCUCACAGAAGUGAAAGUGAUAAAGCCGAGGAUGCGAAAGAGGAGGAGGACGAGAGCACAUUGGAUGAGAGGGAGCAGGACGCUGCCAUUGGGGAAGAAAAUGGGAAUGAGGCUGAAAAAAACCAGACAGCAGAUAAAGUGCUGGAGCAGGAAGACACUGAAACAGUUACAGAAGGCCGUGAAGAAGAAGACAUUUUAACAUGCAGGGGAAAAAUUGGGCAGAAUGCUGAAACAGAGCUGCACACAGAUGAAUUCACAUAUGGAGAAAAAGAAGAGGAUGUGGCUAAGGACACUGAAGUCCAAACCAAAACAAGAGAAACAGAUGAUCUUGAAACAGAAAACUCAGAUGUGACAACAACAGAGAUUUCAGGAGAUGGGAGAUUUUUUGAUGAAUGUCAAUUAGAAGAGGAGAGGCUCUCCAGUGACAUAGGAAAGAAAGAAGAAACGGAGAAACCACUUGUUGAACCUGUCAUUCAAGAGUCAGGACUUUUCUUUGAGGAAGAGGAAGAAAAGUUGUCGGUUGACUCAAUGAAGACGGGGGUCGAACACUCAGAGAAGGAAUUUGAGACGGAAUUCGGCUUAAGAGAUGAGGCUGACAAGACAACAAAAGAGCUGCAAGACGGGACUGAAGAGCUUUUGGUUGAAUUUGAGAUAGAUGAAGGCCUAUGUGAUUCCAAAGAAGCUGAGGCCGCUGCGGGGCAUGAGACCACAGGAGCUGCAGCAACAGAAGUACAGAGGAUGACAGAGACAAACUUCUUUCAGGAGUCGGUAGAUGCCAUAAACUCAGAGCAAAACAGCAACAUGACACUUUCUCUACUAGACGACAUAACUGAAUCUGGAUUCCAGAAACAGUCAGAGGGUAGUGAACCUAACCUACUUGAAGAUAGUGCUGUAGAAAUGCAAGAUGCGGGGAUAGACAUGGAAGAAACGGGUUAUGCAGUUGAGGAGGAUGCAGCAGAAAAUGAAAUGCAGAACAAAAAUGAUGUGGAAAUGUUAAAUCUGCAGGUAACAGGAAUGGCAGCUGAGCUAACCACAGGAAGGAACGAUAAAGAAAAUUCUUUGAUAGCAGAAUCUGAGUUGUAUAGAGCAGUGGAGUCACUAGAGACAAGAAAUCUAAUAUCAGACAAAACACUUGAGAUAAGCAACGACGAGGUGUUAACAGAUGUAGAAGUAACUCAUGUAUCAACAACAACCAAGUCCAAACAAAAAGAUUUGACUAGAAUAUCAACAGAUGAUAUGGCAAAUGUGACAGAGUCAGAGGGGAGUCACGCUGAAGAAAUGGUUAGCUCAAUUAGUGGACGUCAAGAUGUGAUCAAUGAAGAAAUCCUUGACUUAUGGCUACAGACGGCAUUGCCAGAGGACAGUGAUGGCAUAAAACAACAAGAAGUCAGUAGACAACGAAUAGACAUGGGAAUAGAGCCGUCAAAUGAGGAACAAGAUGGAAUCUCAUCAGUGCAGACAGAGAAAGAUAAAGAGCUGCUUGUGGAGUCAUGUUCAGAGAAGUCUGAAGUAGUGAGUGACACAGAUAUGUCUUCAUCAACAGUAGAGUCUGGAUUUUUGGACCAGUCUCUCAGUGAAUGGGGCACACAAAACAAUGAAACUCAGCUAUUGAAAUCAACUAGCACUGGGUCAUUUCAAGGCAUAUAUGACUUGUUGGCUAAUAUGUCAGAAUCAGCAGACAUCUCUGAAUUGUCUAAACAACAGGUUAACUCUGGAUCUCAGGAUUCAUUGAUGGGGGAAAUGGCUGCGACAGGGCAAUCAAAUGUGCUUCACCCUGAUUCAAGAGUUACAUCAGAGGCUAAACAUCCAAACCAAGAAUUGGAUAAAUCACAAGAAAGAGUUGAAACAGUGGAGACUGAAACUGGAUCACGGAAAGAGAUUAAGGCUGAGAUAACAGAUUUGGCAUGGGAUGAUGCCUGGAAAGACACAGAAAAGGCAGAUGUUAAGUCACUAACAGAAAUGAGCGCUCCUUUCAAAGAUGAGCCUCUCGAGAUUACUCCGUGUGAUUCUCCAGAUGAAAUCAAACACACUGAAACAGGACAAACUAUAAGUGGCUCUGAGACUUCGUCAGUGGAGGGAAAUGUGUUGACAGAAUCGGUUUCACAAGGCGACACUUGCACCGAUUCUGAGAAGUUAUUGAAGUUGCCCUCGCUGGACAAACCACAGCCCGGAUGGUCAGAAGACAUUGCUGACUCAUUUCCUGGACUGAACAGGGCUGGGGUGCCAACGACAGAGUCUGAAAAUCAGAUGGAGUCAUUGCAGGUCGAUGCCUCUGUGCUGGACUUUACUGCGCAAAGGUCAAGAAUUGCUGUUAAAAACCGUCGUGUAAGGCCCCCCAAAGAUCCCCGCUCCCUGCUGCAUAUGCCCUCAGUGGAUCCCACACCCUCUUCACAUCUGCCAGUCAAAGUCCCUCCAGGUGUGCCUUUGGGAGGUUUGGGCAUUGGAAUAAAGCUGCCUGGGUUUGGUGCAGGUUUUCCUGUUUUAAAAAAGACGCGACAGGUGGCAAGAGAUGAGAAUAGCCAGGAAACCCUCCCACAGUAUCAACAGGAACCUGAGACAAAGCCAGAGGAGAGUGACACUCCCAAGCAAGAGGAGGCACAACACAAACCUAAAUGGAUGCCACCAAGACAUCCAGGAUUUGGAAAUCCACUUAUGUCUGAACUGAAGACCAAACUGAAGAAAACCACAAAAGAGUGAGAAGAAGAUGGAAGAAAAUGCUUUGUGUUCAUAUCUCAAUGUAAAAUAUAAAUUGCUUUAUUUUUGUUGUGUAUAUCAAACUGAUUACAGUGAUGAAAGGUUCAUUGUGACAAUUACGUGGCCAAUGUAUAACUUUUGUAAUAAAGCCUCAAUGUAAAUGGAAUGGCA